AUGUUGUUUGCUUCAUUGAUAUUAUUACUCAACUAUUUGCAAUUUCUACAGGCAGCCCAUAAUCCUUUUACUCUUCGCAGUAAAUUCACCAACAUCAGUGUAGAAUUUGGCUCAGAUUUUCUAUCCGGCAUGAGAGCUUGGCUAACUCCCCAAGGCAGCCUCAAUGUGGAUAUGCAUGUGAAUCGCACAUUAACUGCAGGAUUAAGAACCUCCAUGACUGUGCAAUAUAAAAUAGGAGGGCCUAAUCAAUAUCAGACUCUCUUCAACUAUGACCUGGACACGUGUAAGACGCUGGAAGAGCUACUCAAGACCAGUCUGAUGCGUGUCUGGUUUCGCAAUAUACUCAAAUAUGGCCACCUGACGGAUAAAUGUCCCAUUAAAGCUGGCUUCUAUGAUGUGAGGAAUUUUCAAUUGGAGAAUAACAGUAUACCAGCCUAUUUGCGACCUGGCGAAUAUCGUGUCAAUGAUAUCAAUUACUAUGGCAAACCCAAGGUCAAGAAUCGUCAGCGACUGGUGGCCUCGCUCACCUUGGAUGCCAAGUUCUAUUAA